GCGUUGGAGCGUCAGUGCGCACAUCAAACUUUUCCGAAACUGAAGCCUUUCAGUGACCCUUCCGAGAAACAGCUAGCCAGCCCCUCCGGCCCGCCGGACUCCGGACCCUGCUGCAGGCCUCGUGCUUCCUGCCCUAGCCGCCUCCGCCUCCCACUCGUGUUUUCCUCUACGGUCCCGGGCACAUAGUAUGAUCAUUAGGUGUUCAGUUUCCCAACAAUUUUCUAUGGAAAAUCAAGGGAAGUGCACCAUGGUUGCCGUGAGCAACUUUGAAGAGCGGGACACCUUUAGAGAAGCUUGAUCAUCGUGAGACCCUCCAAGUCAGGACUCCGGCAGAGUUCCUCUAUCUCGUCUUGCUCAAUCAGUGGAGGCUGUUUUUCCAUUUCUCCUCUGCCUCGUGGGAAGUAGCAGAAAACCAUCACAUCAUGGUUGGAUUUAAGCCUACAGAUGUGCCCCCCACAGCCACCGUGAAGUUCCUUGGGGCUGGCACUGCCGCCUGCAUCGCUGACCUCAUCACUUUCCCCCUGGACACAGCCAAAGUCAGGCUGCAGAUUCAAGGAGAGAGCCAGGGGGCCAUUCGAGCUUCCUCCACCACCGCCCAGUAUCGGGGUGUCAUGGGCACCAUUCUGACGAUGGUGAAGACUGAGGGCCCUGGCAGCCUGUACAACGGGCUGGUGGCUGGAUUGCAGCGCCAGAUGAGUUUUGCUUCUGUCCGCAUUGGCCUCUAUGACUCUGUCAAACAGUUUUACACCAAGGGAGCUGAACAUGCCAGCAUUGGGAGCCGCCUCCUUGCAGGCUGCACUACAGGGGCCCUGGCCGUGGCUGUAGCCCAGCCCACAGACGUGGUGAAGGUACGGUUCCAGGCCCAGGCUCGUGGCGGCGGCAGCAGGAGAUACCAGGGCACGGUGGAUGCCUACAAGACUAUUGCCCGAGAGGAGGGGCUUCGGGGGCUAUGGAGAGGAACUUCACCCAACAUUGCCCGCAAUGCCAUCGUCAACUGUGCUGAGCUGGUGACCUAUGAUCUCAUCAAAGAUGCCCUCCUGAAGGCGCACCUCAUGACUGAUGACCUUCCCUGCCACUUCAUCUCAGCCUUCGGGGCUGGCUUCUGCACCACCAUCAUAGCUUCCCCUGUGGAUGUGGUCAAGACGAGAUACAUGAACUCUGCCGCGGGCCAGUAUGCCAGCGCUGGCCACUGUGCCCUCACCAUGCUUCGGAAGGAGGGACCCCAAGCCUUCUACAAGGGGUUCAUGCCUUCCUUUCUCCGCUUGGGCUCCUGGAACAUAGUGAUGUUUGUCACCUAUGAGCAACUUAAAAGGGCCCUGAUGGCCGCUCGAACUUCCCGAGAAGUUUCUUUCUGAGCCCUCUCCUGCUAACUAAUUUUCUGCCUGUUUACCCCUCCCCUUGGAAUCCAGACCCUAUCCUGCCUCCCCUCCCUUCUAUUUUCCCCCAUUCCUCUCCCUUGUUUCACCACUGGAGAAAUUCCCCUCCUCCCCUUGAGUUAGCCCCAUUUUAUCCAUUUCCAGCCUGUUGCUUCUACCAUUGCAGCCCACCCAGUUCUUAAGCUCUUUACUUCUAAUAAAGCCAGACCAGAACCCAGAA